AUGAGAUCUGAAUCACAACCCAGGGUGCUAUUCGCAACUACAUCACCUACGCCACUUCGCUUCUUCAGGUCCUUUAAUGUUAGGUUACCUUUCGUGAAUGUGUUGAUGAUUCAGUACAAUGAGAAACCUUCGCCUUUUUGUGUGGGGGUUGGAUUGGCAGGGUUUGAAUACGUUUUAUGUGGGUUGAGUAUUGAGAUUAUCUCCUUAGUUUCUGGAUUUUUGGUUGUAUGUUUUGAUAUGAAUGGGGGUGAUGCUUUAUGCCUGUGUUCUGUCUCUUUGUUACUGGACUUAUUUAAAUUGCCCUUUUCAUUGGUAGAGUUAUUCAGUGCAAUAGGGAAAGUCAAGGGAAUGACACUCUUGACAUUGUCUGCAUCAGUUCCUGGCAUGAAACUGACUGUGAUUCACAAGACAAUUGUCAUGCUACUAAGGGACAGAGUGCACUGGUGGGAUAAGCCUUGUGUUUCAUCAUUUGGUGCUAACCAAUUUGAUGAUGCUGAUGAAACAACUGGUUCUAUUUUUGAAGUUAGGAGAUCCCUGCACUCAAGGUUGGGAUUACCCUAUGGUCGUCCCCUUCUAAGAAAUUCUAAUGCCUUGGAUUUUUCAAAAUUGAAGAGCAAUGAUAUGGUCUCUCUACAGAAAGUUGCUGGGGGAAAUGUUUCCCUUAUUUUCAAGGUUCCUAUGAAUACUUCCAUUAUCUUCACGAAGGUUAUAUUGAUUUGGUAA